AUGGCGGUCCCGCGAAGCGCGGAGCAGGCGGUGAAUCAGGGGCUGGAGUUGUACAAGAAAGGGCGCGUCCGCGACGCGCUGAGGCGGUUCGAGAUGGCGCUCGAGAUGAAGCCCUCCGAGGAAGAAGCGCAGGCCGCGCUCUAUAACAAGGCGUGCUGCCAUGCUUUCAGGGAGGAAGGCGUGCAGGCGCAGGAGGCGCUGCGCGAGGCUCUGCGGUACGGGCUGCAGUUCAGCGUCAUUCUGAGCGACCCGGAUAUGGCGGCGUUCCGCGCCAUGCCGGAAUUCAGAGCGCUUCAGGAGGAGGCAAGGCAGGGCGGCGAGGAAGUGGGCGGCAAGUUUCGGCGGGACUUGAAGCUGAUAGCAGAGGUGCAGGCACCUUUCAGAGGAGUGAGGAGGUUCCUGUACGUGGCGCUGGGCAUGGCUGCUGGCAUCGCCACCGUCAUCACCAUCCCCCGGUUCAUCCUGGCCGUCCAAGGAGGGGUGGACGCCCCGGAUCUCCUCACCACUGGUGGCAACCUGGCCAUUGAUCUGGGAGGUGGGGCGGCGAUGGUGGGGCUGUACCUGUGGGAGCAGCGGCGAGAGGAGGAGCAGAUGGGGCGCGUGUCACGCGACGAGACGCUCUCCCGCCUGCCCCUCCGCCUGCAGUCAGGCAAGGUGGUGGAACUGGUGCAGCUCAGAGGCACCACACGCCCGGUGAUUCUGUCGGGGCGCAAGGAGGCGGUGCAGCAGGCGAUGAAGCGAGCUGAGGGGUACCGCAAGCAGCUGCAGGAGCGUGGCGUGCUGCUCGUGCCCGUGCUGCAGAGCAAGGGCGGUGGCGUGCUGGCAGAGAGCAAGAAGAAGGGGUUUGCUGCUGUCAAGAAGCCUGCUGCCACGCUGGAAUCCCUGGAGGAGUUUGAGGAGAAGGCGAGGGAGGCGGCGGCAAAGAGAGUGGCAGAGGCGGACAGACGACUCAAGGCUGAAGUCGUGUCUCCCGGGGAGUGGGACCAAUGGGUGCGGUCGCAGCAGAAGGCGGAGAAGGUGGUGGAGGGCAGCGAUGCCUUCAUCGUGCUGCGACUGGACGGCCGAGUCAGGAAAUCAGGCACUGGCAUGCCUGACUGGGCGGAUCUCAUCAACGAGCUACCUCCUCUUGACAGCCUAUACGAGAAGGCGCAGGAGGUCAGAGAGGCUUCAGCAGAAGAGAAAAAGGAGCUUGAGGGGCGCGUGAAGGAAGGCGAGACGGUGGUGGAAGGGGGAACUGGCGGCAAGUCCCUGGAAGCUCAAAUCAACCUGGCUCAAGGGAGAAGCAAGGGAGGGCAGUCGACGAUGGAGAAGAGUGGCGACGAGGCUCUGCAGUCCAAAGGCAUUGACACUAGCAAGGGCCGCUGA